AUGGCAUCACAUUCUGUGUCCAGGUUGACAAAGUUGAGGGAGUUGAUGAGAGAUAGGAACAUCGAUGCGUAUGUGGUACCUUCAGAAGACGCUCACGCAUCGGAGUAUCUGGCCCCAUGUGAUUCUAGACGAUCAUAUAUCACUUCCUUCACUGGCUCAGCUGGAUGCGCAGUCAUAACGCAUACGGAAGCUAGGUGCUGGACAGAUGGGAGGUAUUGGGUACAAGCUGAGAAGCAGUUAGGAGAAGGAUGGACACUGAUGAAAUCUGGUCUACCGGAGAUACCAACAUGGGGAGCAUGGCUAAAGUCUGACCUCCCACCAUCUUCUAGGAUAGGUAUCGACCCCACUCUCAUCCCCCAAUCUGAAUCCACAAAUUUAUCCUCAUCACUCACUGCAUCGCCUACCAACUCUUCUUUAGUGCCAAUCACAGAGAAUUUGAUCGAUAUCAUAUGGUCCGAAGAACAACCAAAGCCAUCUAGACCUACCAACGAGAUAUUCCACUUAUCGACUCAAUAUACUGGUGAAUCGGUCGAAGCGAAGAUAAGUAGGAUCAGGGAUAAAUUCAAGAAGAUCGGAAGUCCAGGUACAAUAGUUACGAGUUUGGAUGAGAUGGCUUGGCUUUUCAAUCUUAGAGGUGCCGAUAUACCUUAUAAUCCUGUUUUCUUCGCUUAUGCUAUAUUGACAAGAGACGACUGUACACUUUUCGCAUCACCCAAAUCUCUGACUGAUCCCGUUAGGGAAUAUUUGCAUAAGAAUGGAAUUGCUUUAUUGGAUUAUGAUCAAAUUUGGAACUCGCUUGGAAGUUGGCAGAAAAGGUUGACCGUUGAGAGAUCACAGCCACAAGUGAAUAAAUCGGACGAUGUUGAUAUGGAAGAUGGACCGUCUAGCAAGAAAGCCAAAACGGAUAAGAAAGGAGAAGAGGAUAAUACUUCGAAAGAUGAAAAAGUGGUGAAGACGGAUAAAGUUCUGAUUGGGAUGAAAACUAGUUGGGCAAUUGCUAAAGCUGUUGGAGAGGAUAAUGUAGAGGUUAGACGAUCGAUCAUCGAGGAGUUCAAAGCGAAGAAGAAUGCUGCGGAGAUCGAAGGCUUCCGACGAUCGCAUAUCCGUGAUGGAGUAGCCCUAGCUAGAUACUUUGCAUGGUUGGAAGAGGUCCUGCACAACGGCGAAAGAUGGUCAGAAUACGAUGCGGCACUGGUAUUGGAAAAAUAUAGAAAAGAAGGCCAAUGGUUCAGGGGGUUAUCGUUUGAAACGAUCUCUUCUACCGGUUCUAAUGCAGCAAUCAUACAUUAUGCUCCGUCCAAAGAAGGAUCAGCAAUAAUAGAUAGAGAUCAGAUGUAUCUUUGCGACUCAGGAGCUCAAUAUCUUGAUGGCACGACUGAUAUCACAAGGACAUUCCAUUUUGGAACGCCCACGGAAAAGGAGAAGAGGGCAUUCACCAGAGUGCUGCAAGGUCAUAUAGCAUUGGAUACCGCCGUCUUCCCACAGGGUACUACCGGUAAAGAUAUACUAGCUAGACGAGCGUUAUGGUCGGACGGAAUGGACUAUCGCCACUCAACAUCUCACGGUAUCGGUUCAUUCUUGAAUGUCCACGAAGGACCUCAAGGUAUAGGUCAACGACCAGCAUAUAAUGAAGUCCCCUUGGUGGAGGGUAUGGUGAUAUCCAACGAACCAGGUUAUUACGCAGAUGGGAAAUUCGGAAUAAGGAUAGAAGGUGUUGAUAUCAUCGUCCGAGCGGAGACGAGAGAGAAUUUCGGCAAUAAAGGAUGGUUAACUCUGGAGAGGAUAGCUAUGUGUCCUAUUCAAACUUCCUUGGUUGAUAGUUCGCUCUUAUCCCCCACGGAGAAAGAUUGGUUGAACGAGUAUCACAAUGAAGUAUUUGAGAAGAUUGGACCGCUUUUGAAGGAGGUCAAUGAUGAGAGGGCGUAUAGGUGGUUGGAAAGGGAAUGUAGAUCUAUAUGA